CGGCGGCUGGGUCCUAGGAAAUCGGGAUCGCCGAGGCUCCGCUCGCUACCUGCGGGAAGGACGCGGAGCUGCUGAGCAAUGGAGGAGUUAAUUGUUGAGCUGCGCCUGUUCCUUGAGCUGCUGGACCAUGAGUACCUAACAUCAACAGUUAGAGAGAAAAAGGCAGUGAUAACCAACAUUCUCCUGAGGAUACAGUCGUCAAAAGGCUUUGAAGUGAAAGACCAUGUUCACAAACAAGAAGUUACCAGCAGUUUGCCUGCCCCGCCGCAGAUGCCUCUGCCCGAGAUCCCUCAGCAGUGGUUGCCGCCAGACAGUGGGCCUCCACCAUUACCAACAUCUUCUCUCCCAGAAGGCUAUUAUGAAGAAGCUGUGCCAUUGAGUCCAGGAAAAGCUCCUGAGUAUAUCACUUCAAAUUAUGAUUCGGAUGCAAUGAGCAGUUCGUAUGAAUCCUAUGAUGAAGAAGAAGAAGAUGGGAAAGCCAAGAAGACGAGACACCAGUGGCCAUCAGAUGAAGCCUCCAUGGACCUUGUGAAAGAUGCUAAGAUCUGUGCAUUCCUCUUAAGAAAGAAACGGUUCGGACAGUGGACCAAGCUGCUCUGUGUCAUCAAAGACACCAAACUACUGUGCUACAAGAGUUCCAAGGACCAGCAACCCCAUAUGGAACUGCCACUGCAUGGGUGCAGCAUCACCUAUAUCCCCAAAGACAGCAAGAAGAAGAAGCAUGAGCUGAAAAUCACACAUCAAGGCACGGAUGCCCUCGUCCUAGCUGUUCAGAGCAAAGAACAAGCAGAGCAGUGGCUCAAGGUUAUAAAAGAAGUCUACAACAAUUGCAGUGGACCAGUGGAUUCGGAUGGACCUUCCUCGAGUUCCCCAGUGCACAAGAUGGAGCUAGAGAAGAAACUGUCCUCAGAGAGGCCGAGCUCAGAUGGGGAGGGUGGUGCAGAAAAUGGGAUUACCAUGUGCAACGGAAAAGAACAAGUUAAGAGGAAAAAAAGUUCAAAGUCAGAAGCCAAGGGAACAGUGACAAAAGUCACUGGGAAAAAGAUUACCAAGAUCAUUGGUCUAGGAAAGAAAAAGCCAUCAACAGAUGAACAGACCUCGUCAGCUGAGGAAGAUGUACCCACCUGUGGAUAUCUAAACGUGCUCUCGAAUAACCGCUGGAGGGAACGUUGGUGCAGAGUGAAAGAUAAUAAGCUCAUUUUCCACAAGGAUAGGACGGACCUGAAGACCCACAUUGUUUCCAUUCCUCUCCGCGGCUGUGAAGUGAUUCCAGGCUUGGAUUCCAAACACCCCUUGACAUUCCGUUUGCUUCGAAAUGGGCAGGAAGUCGCUGUACUAGAGGCUUCAUCCUCUGAAGACAUGGGACGAUGGAUUGGGAUCUUACUGGCUGAAACAGGGUCAUCCACUGACCCUGGAGCGCUACAUUAUGAUUAUAUCGAUGUAGAGAUGACUGCAAAUGUCAUACAAACAGCUAAACAGACGUUCUGCUUUAUGAACAGACGUGGUAUCUCUACAAAUCCCUAUCUCGGCAGUGCCUCCAAUGGAUAUGCCCACCCCAGUGGGAUGGCACUUCAUUAUGAUGAUGUCCCUUGCAUAAAUGGAUCGUUCAAGAGCAAGAAACCUCCUGUAGCAUCUAAUGGGAUCCCAGGGAAAGGGAGAAAUGUCAACAAUCCACAAAAGAAAAUGGACUCAUCGGCCACUGUCAAACGGACAGCAUCAAAUGCUGACCAAUACAAAUAUGGGAAGAACCGUGUAGAAGCAGAUGCCAAGAGGUUGCAGACCAAAGAGGAAGACUUACUAAGGAAGAAAGAAACUCUGCGUAACCGCCUGGCUCAGCUUCGAAAAGAAAGGAAAGAUCUUAGGGCGGCCAUCGAAGUAAAUGCUGGCAGGAAGACGCAAGUUAUUCUAGAAGAUAAGCUGAAGAAGCUGGAGGAGGAGUGUAAACAGAAGGAGACAGAGCGCGUCAAUCUGGAGUUGGAACUCACAGAGGUCAAAGAAAGCCUCAAGAAAGCCUUAGCAGGGGGCAUCACACUGGGUCUAGCAAUUGAACCCAAAUCUGGAACCUCAAGUCCCCAGUCUCCAAUUUUUAGGCACCGAACUCUGGAAAAUUCUCCCAUCUCAAGUUGUGACACCAGCGAUACUGAGUGUUCAAUGCCAGUGAACAGCGCGGCGGUUCUGAAGCGACACCCACCGACAUCUGGCGGUUCUCCUUGCCGGGGUCACGUCCUUAGGAAGGCAAAGGAGAGAAGUGAUAAACUAAUGAUUCGGAAUGAGGAAUGGGAGUUGAAAAAUGGGACAUAAAGAGAGUAGUGGAAGAAUGAACAUACCUUUUAGAAGGCCUUACAUCCUCUCAUUCAAGACUCAGACAACAGGAGACUCAACUCUAAAAGAGGCGUCAAGCAGUACGGCAUCAGAGGUUUUGUAAUUCUACUCAGGUGCCAGUAGCUUGGCUCUCACUCCACUUGUACACUCUUUCUACUGUAUAUGGUGCCCUUUUUUUUUAAAUGAUUAUUAUUACUUGUGACACUCUCAUUUCCAACUUUGUUUAAUGAAAAAAGCAAAAUAAAUCACACACACACAAAACACCCUAAAAAAGGAACAAAGAUAAGUGAUAGAAAAGGAGCAAAAGAACUGUAAUGGGAAGGAUUAUGUCUAAUUAAGUAAUGACUUUCAACUGCCUUGGCUCAAAUGGAACCUGAUCACAGGAGUGUGAAGCAGGAUGAGCCUCAGGCGAAAUUCUCAGAUUGGCAUCUUCGGGAGUUUUUUAGUAGGGCUCCCCCAGGUGAGGAUGGCUCUAGGUGUGAGCCAGGAUCUGAUCCCUCGCAGACGGUCUUAUUUGAAAAAGAGUGUCAGGAAGCAUGUUGAUCAAUGUGAUAGGACUGCUGGCCUGAGCUGAAUGUCUGGUCCAGGAGAUCCCUCUCCUUCCUCUCCCCAUCUCCUCUCUCUCGUCCUCCACCCCUCCCCACCCCACAUCAUGCCCUUUCCCCCUAGUCGUUAGAGAUUUUGGAAUGAAAUAACUGUGAUGUGAAACAAUUCUUGCUCUCUUUCCUCCUUCCUCCCCACCUUUGGACAGAUGCUUUUCUCACUGGGACUUGAAAAGCUGCCAUUUUUUAGCUGCAUUUUUUAAAAAUAAUGUUUCUCUUUAUUGUGUAUUGUGUAUGUGUGUUUUUCUAAAAGCACCUGGCAUCUUCAGAGAUCUUUUGUAUCAUAGUUUGUAUUUUGCACUGCUUUUGAAAGGCAGCAAAGUGCUAUUAAUGCUUUGAUUCAUUAGUUUGACCUCCCCUGCCCGCCCCAUAGUCCUUCUUCCUCUCCUUCCUGCCUCUCGGAUCCCUAUCGUUUCGGUCCUCCCCUUCCCGAGAGCUGCCACUAGGAGUGAUUCUGACAGAAGAGAAGCAAGUUUGAUUUACUACCUGAUGAAGCUGCAAAUGUCACAGCUUAUCAGCACUGAUGGAUUUGGUUGAAUCAAUCUUUUGAUGAGUUCUGACCCUGGGAAGAAAAUGGGUUUGGGACACUUCCAGGCCCUUCUCUUUGAUUUAUUGAUCUGGAGCCUUAAUGUGGUGCCAGACUUGGCUGUGUUUUUUUUUCUUCCCCAGCAGACCUAUAAGGAAUUGUGUCUUCAUUGGUCUUUAAGAUAAUAUUAUAUUCCACGUUUGAUUUUUUUUAUUUAAUUUUAUUUUUGUGGAGAGGGGCAUGAGUUCAGUGCAUCAAAGAAAGAAAAGCACCAAUAGUGGUGAAAAAGAUGGCAGGUCUGAGAACUGGAUUUCUCCCAAUAUACCAGCAAGAAGAUUGCUUAGAAAAUAGACUGUGAGAGCUGGAAGGGACAUCCCCCAUUUUACGGUAAAGGAAACUGAGUCCUAGAAAGUGGAGAACUUCAUCAAGAUCACAUAGCUGCUAAGUGGCUGACAUAGAACUAGAACCCAGGUCUUCCACCUCCUAAUCCAUGGCUUUCCCUAGCCCCAAGAGUGUCACUGUCUGGAAUUAUCUGCCUUGGGGAAAGGAUAGUAUGGUGAUCGACUGACCAAGUGACAGUCAUUAUUCAAAGAACCAGAGGUUUUCCUUCAGUACCUAAAAAGUCAGCUCAUAGAAGUAUGCCCCGCUAUGAACGGGCCAGCUCUUUCUCCCUCGAAGUUAAUGUACUGGGGCACGUCAGUGAGCUGGGAGUUUUAUAACAAUUAAUCAAACAACAAAUGGGGAGGGACUUGAGUGUCUUAUACCUCUUCCUCACACAGUUCUUAAUUGCGCAUAGCAGGUACUCGGCAAAUAUUUCUUGAAUGAGUUGGUGAAGGAAGCAAGCUGAUAUCAAAUAUUUAUUCAAAGAAUGCUAUAAGGUCAGCACACUCAGUCUUAUAUUGUCUACAUAAGGAGAAUUAAUGUUAAAAAGCAUGAUUCUAAUUAGGAUCAUGGGGGGCAUAAAUCAUCUAUAGCAUCAUAGAAAGAACACUGGAUAUAUGGAGUCAAAGGGCCUGUGUUCAAUUCUUGGCCAUAUUACUAACCUUGAUCUUGGCCAAGUCUCUGGGACUCAUUUUUCUCAUCUGUACAAUGAAAAGGUUGGAUGGAAUGGAAUGAUUUUUUAAUGGUCCCUUCCAACUCUAAUCUUAUGAUCUAUCAAUAUCAGAGCUAAAAGGGGUUUGAUAAAUCAUCUCAUCCAACCUCCUCAUUUUAUAGAAGACGAAUCUUUGCUAGGCCUCUCUAUACUAAAAUGAGAAAGUAGAUGCUGAAAUUUUAGAAAGAUUUUCGACAGCAAAGAUCCUUGGCCUAGUUACUCAGAAGACCCCUAGUACCCUUAGUAAUCUGGUUUAUCAGGGUUUGGCUCAAGCAAAUGCUAAGGAGUUUAGGAAACUGGUGUCAAUGUUUAUUACUUUUGAUCGCCUAAAAAUUCCUGUAAAGUGGUGGAGCUAAGUGAGAGAAUGCACAGCCUACAGGGCUUUGAAGAACAAUUUCUCUAAAGGGAAAGAGGAGAGGUCCUGCAAAUGUUUGGAUAUGUGAGCUAGAAGCUUUAAUAACCCAAGGAAGGUGCUCACGGACUUUUUUCUAUUGGAUGACCUGGGGGGUUGGGGAGGGGGGCUGGCGGGAAAUUUGUCCAUUGUCAGUUAAUCAAAGCCAUGUCCAUUUUGUAUCCCUGUAGAAAUGUGAAAACUCUCCCUAAAGAGAAACAGUUUAGUCUGCAACAGAUUUCCUUCUUUUGAGGGUUGGCUAAUAGUCUAUCUUAUUCAACAAAAACAAAUGUUUUCCUUUAUUUUUUAAAGUACAAAAUGGGCAUGCUAAAAUUAGUGAUUAAUUUGAGAUUCCCAAGAUUUUGCCAUCUUUAGGCCAUGUCACAGAAUAGCAGAUUUUGGGUUUGCAGGGGGACCUCAGGGUCCAUCUAGCUCACCAACUCCUGAAGCAGGACUCCCCUCCAUCGCGGAUGACCAGCCUAUCAGUAUCUUUUAAAGAGUACUGGAUUCAAAGUCAGAGAACCUGAGUUCAAACUCCAGCUUUCCUACUUUGUAACUAUGUGACCUUACACAAAUCACUUCCCGUCUCUGGAUCUCAGUCUCCUGCUCUGUAAAAUGAGGCUUUAGACUAAUUCAGUCUCUAAGAUCCCUUCCAGUUCCAUAACCUGUGAUCUUCUGUUUGAAGGCACCUAGUAAAGGGGAGCCCACUCCCCGUUAAGUCAUCAACAGAAUCGUCAAGGGCUCUAGACCAUUCCUCCUUCUGUUCUCAUGAUUGGCAGCCUUCUCUUUGCCCAAGAAUACAAUACGAAACUCUAAUUUUUCUUUAACAUUUUAUCUCUAGUUACAAAGAGAGGUAAAAUAAUAAACCUAUACCCUAAUCCUAAUUCUUUUAUUGUUAUGGUGCUGAUAAUUCUAGCAUGCAACACUCCUGAUAACAUGGUGGCAGCAUGCCAAUAUGGAAUCAUAGAAUGUUAUUGCUAGAAGGGACCUCAAAGAUCCUGUAAUCCAACAGUUCUUUACUUGGGGUCCAUGACCUUCCUUGUGUGUGUGUUUUUUAAAUUGAUAAUUGUAUUUCCAUAUAAUUGUUUUCCUUUUUA